GACCUCCAGCGCUACCACAUCUCCGACCCACCCACGCCUGUUCAACAAACCUUUGCGACCCGCUACUUUCAAGCCCCCUCUACACCACCCAUCCACCUUUGGACGGCCGCCAAAUUCAGCACGAUCCCACGCUCCCCGUAUCCCGAAGUCUGCUUCGUAGGCCGCUCGAAUGUCGGAAAGUCCAGUCUGUUGAACGCAGUCUUCGGCCGCCCGAAAGAAAAGAUCGCACGAGUGAGCUCAAAAGCCGGACAUACAAAAACUCUCAAUGCAUUCGGCGUGGGAGGAGUAAACAGAGAUACCGCUGCUAGAGAACCCUUGAAGCAAUUAUCUUCUGGCGCAUUAGUCGUGGUAGACACACCCGGCUACGGCUUCCACUCCCGUCAAGAAUGGGGACCUGAAAUCAACAAGUUUUUCGAAAAGAGGAAGCAAUUGCGCAAGGUGUUUAUUCUUAUAGACGCAGUGCAUGGGGUAAAGAGUAGGGAUCUUGUGCUGUUGCAGCAUUUUGAGGAUAACGGUAUUCCUUACCAGAUUAUCCUGUCAAAGGUCGAUCGUAUUGUCAUGACGGAUUCGAAAUCUCCUGGCGCUGAAAAAUUGACGAGGUUGGUUAAGAAAUUGGAUAAAGUUUAUGAUGAGGUGGAGGAGCAGCUAAGGACAUUGGACCAAGGGCAGAGGCCGAAGAAGAGGGAUGUGCUUGCUGCGAGUGCCGAGAAACAGAUCAAAGGAUUACAAGGAUGGGGAGGAGGUGCGAAGAUUGGAAUUGAGGCUGUUAGAUGGGCUGUGUUGAAGGCUUGCGGUUUGGAU